UUUCUCAAAGCGUCCUGCUGCUGCUAUCGCGCUGCACACUCCACACCGAAUGGCUUUCCACGUUGGCAAAGAACGAGUUUCUAAAGUUCGGUAACUUUGAAAGAAACGUUUUUUUUUAUUUUCCCGCUGUUAGGCAUUAUGAGCAUGGAUGCAUUAGGGAGUCAGAUGAUGGACCCCUCAUCAUUCGCCAAACGAAAUCCAGCGCUGAGAUUAGUAGAUCUGGCAGGAGCUCACCACCAUCAUCAUCACCAUCCCCCUCAGAACAUGACAGGUUUCCCGGGGCUCAGCGGCCAUCCCCACUCAAUGGCACACACGCACCCUGGGGAGAAUACUGGAGAACCCCGCCUGGGGCCGAGUCCUUUCGGGCCUGAACACAUGGGGCACCCUGCAGCCGCCGCCGCACUUAAACUCAGCCCAACCCAUCCCCACCACCAUCACCACCAUCAUCAUCACCAUCAUAUGGCAGGCCACGCUGAAGUUGUCUCCAAUCCCACGGCAGCGUUUGGCCCAGCGCAGGCGGCGGCAGCAGUCAGUUACUCGGUCUCGCACUCCCACGCCAGCUACACUGCCCAGGCUAUCUCGGCAGGUAGAGAUUUCCUCAUCCGCAGGGAUUUGACAUCCUCAGUAAUGCCAGGGCUCACUGAUCAAUAUCCCGGCACAAGUUCUCACCACGGAAUGUUUGUGUCAACAACAGGUAGUUAUCCCGGACACCAUGGUCACCCCGAGGCUGGGAGCCACUCUCUAUUCCCUGGACUGCAUGACCAACCUCCCCUUGCAGUCCCAGCUGGACACCAUCUGAACGGACAGUUAAGACUGGGUCUACCUGGAGAUAUGUACGCCAGGUCUGAGCACUACAGUCAAGUGGCAAGUUCCAGGAGUGAUCCUUUUGCCUCUUCCCCUCUACAUGGCUACGGUGGUAUAAACAUUAACAUGAAUAUAACUGGCCACCACGGCCCAGGUGCUUUUUUUCGCUACAUGAGGCAACCCAUCAAGCAGGAACUGAUCUGCAAGUGGACUGAACCGGACCCUAUCACUAAAAAGCCAUGCUCAAAAACUUUUAGCACGAUGCACGAACUGGUUACUCACGUAACAGUGGAACACGUUGGGGGACCAGAACAGUCGAAUCAUAUCUGUUUCUGGGAAGAGUGUCCACGAGAGGGAAAGCCUUUCAAAGCCAAAUAUAAACUUGUAAAUCACAUCAGAGUCCACACUGGCGAGAAACCAUUCCCCUGUCCAUUCCCUGGCUGUGGGAAAGUCUUUGCCAGAUCAGAAAAUCUCAAGAUCCACAAAAGAACUCACACAGGAGAAAAGCCCUUUAAGUGUGAAUUUGAAGGCUGUGACAGACGUUUUGCUAACAGCAGCGACAGGAAAAAGCACUCGCAUGUGCACACAAGUGACAAGCCCUAUAACUGCAAAGUAAGAGGCUGUGAUAAAUCGUACACGCACCCGAGUUCACUUCGCAAGCACAUGAAGGUCCAUUGCAAAUCUCCACCCCCCAGUUCGGGAUACGAAUCCUCCACCCCCUCGCUGGUCUCUCCUUCUUCGGACUCAGGUCGGGACCCCCCGGCUUCAGCCUCCCAGCUUGACCCCAUCACAUCUUCCCACGCAGCUAACCUGAGCGAAUGGUAUGUGUGUCAGAGCACAGGAGCAAGUGGUAUUCCAACACCUCCGAGUAAUUCAUCAUCUCCUGGACCAGGGGAACACUCUUACAGAAACUCUGACCCCAGAACUAUUCUCUAACCAGAAACUUGGCCAAGUAAUCCACAAUUUUAAAAAUGAAAUGACUGAUGCUUUGGUAUGGUGUUAGCAUUGCCAUUGCUGCACUGGACUUGGUGAAACUACUUGAGUUUCUGGAGGCCUAGCGCUGAGGUACAUGAUGUAAUGCACUGGCAUACAAAAGGAUAAUAACAUUUAUUAAAGAGAAAGUAUCUCCAAUGUAAUCUUGCACAAGUUGCAGUUUAUAGUUAAGAAUGUGUCUCGAACAAUGCAGCAUUUCCGAUCAUAAAGUGUUGCAAGCAUACAGUAUUGUUUCCACAAAAUGUUGUAUAAAGAAAAUUGUUGUUUCAUUUCUCGUUUUUAUCUUUUUUUUGUGGAAGGAAAAUACACUGUUAUAUCGAUUUGUUAAGAAAGUACAUUGCAAUUCUUUCUGAAAGCCAGAAGGGCGAAAGCAGAUAUUCCCUACACCUGAUGUGAAUAGUAAUGAACAAAAGCCUUUGUAGGCCGAAACAAAAUGGAUACUGUCUCUUCAAAAGCCUGCCUAUCCUUUGACUUUGUUUAAACAUUUCUGCAAACUGCAUUUUUGAUGUUAGACCUUUUUUUUGCGGAAUAACUCUGUAAAAACAUAUAAAUAUUGGUAUUGACGAAUACAGCGUACAUCUGUUUUAAGUAAUUCGUUUAUAUUUUCUCACUAUUUUGUUUUCCUUGAAAUAAUUUAUUUAAAAUGUUACAAUAAAGUGCAUUUUGUAUAAAUGACCCAAAGUGUUUAUUACAGGGCGAUUAAGACAGUGUACAUUUUUUUCCAUGGGAUUAUGUUAAAUAAUUAGCGCGUGUUCUGUAAAUUAUAGUGUUUUAUAACUGGAAGUUUUGAGUAUGUAGAAUAAUUUUCUUUCUGUAUUUCGACCCUGUUUUGAUAUACAUUCGUACUGAUUUGUAAUAAAUUGAUAAUAAUAGAAAUUCUGCUUAAAAGUUUUAGAAGCUGAGCCAUUUGUCGUUAAUAUACAUCGUGAAACAUCAGUUCCGUCUUAUCUCCGUGACAUAUGUAUUUAACCACUACAGAGGAGCAAGGUCUAACUCAUUGGUCUAGUCUUUCUUUCUGUCGUCAGGAGCAUCAAACAAUUUAGAACUUAUGAUUUAUACUACACGCACGUUUCCUUUAAAAUAAAACACAUGAAGCUCUAACAUCGGCGAAGCGCGUUUCCCCUCUGUGGAACCUUUCAAAUAGUUGGUGAAAAAGUUGUAAGACCACGUAUUGUUACGGUGAAACCCUACUGUUUAAGCAGCAAGCGUUGGGAUGUGUACUGAAGUCACAUUGUACUUUAUCAAUGUACGAAAGGAUUGUGUAUAGCUUAUAAUUGUAUUGUCAGAAUUCCUAAGUAAAUGCGUCUUGUAAAAAAUAAAUUUUGUA